AUGGCCAUGCUACGUCGCCGCGUGGCCGUCUUUGUCAGGCGGAGGUCCUUGUUGGGGGCCAUCGACCAUUGGGCGCUUCGUCGUCAUUGUCUUGCCGCCACACAGGGGUUGGGGCGAUCUCACACCUGCCGUUUCGUGGGCUGGGAUCCACCGGGGCCCGCUGUCGGGUGGCACGCCGCCACGUCGGGAGCGAAGGCGAGAGAGAGAGAUGCACGCGCCACGCGGGAGAGGACAGCGGCUACCUGCCAGUGGCUGCGCCCAAUGUCGAGGCCUGGCUGCGUCGGUUUGCUCAAGGACUUGCCAAGGCUGUAUUGGACUCACAAUAAUCUCACUGUCAUGGAUGUGACGCCCUUGUGGAACCACUCAUCCGAUGCUCUGUUAUAUGCUCACCAUCCUUCUCACAUGGUGGAUUUGAAUAAAUCACAGAAUCCAGAUGGUUUUAGCCAUUGUCAUGAGCUAGGCAGGAAGGCCCCUCAUUUCCUCGUCAAUGGGGUCUCAUGGGAGAAUUUGGAUGCCAAGGGCUCGAUUCCGAGGAAGCAAGUGUUCCAAACAGAUGAGGUUUUGCUAUCGCAGGUGGAUUUGAAUAAAACACAGAAUCCAGAUGGUUUUAGCCAUUGUCAUGAGCUAGGCAGGCAGGCCCCUCAUUUCCUCGUCAAUGGGGUCUCAUGGGGGAAUUUGGAUGCCAAGGGCUCGAUUCCGAGGAAGCAAGUGUUCCAAACAGAUGAGGUUUUGCUAUCGCAGGUGGAUUUGAAUAAAACACAGAAUCCAGAUGGUUUUAGCCAUUGUCAUGAGCUAGGCAGGCAGGCCCCUCAUUUCCUCGUCAAUGGGGUCUCAUGGGGGAAUUUGGAUGCCAAGGGUUCAAUUCCGAGGAAGCCUGACUCUUGCAGUGUACAGGGAAAGUCUGGUUGCCACUAUAUCAUUGAUUUAGAGAAACCAGCCACAUUGGAUUGCGGUGUACAGGGAAAGUCUGGUUGCCACUAUAUCAUUGAUUUAGAGAAACCAGCCACAUUGGAUUGCAGUGUACAGGGAAAGUCUGGUUGCCACUAUAUCAUUGAUUUAGAGAAACCAGCCACAUUGGAUGAUGAGGAUGCAGACUAUGCUAACCACAAUGGCGGUCUUUCAGAUAAUUCACAGUGUGUUCCACUGGAUAGCUCUUCUUUGAUGCGUGGUUGCUUAUGCACAGAUCAAAGCGCCCCUUAUGUUACUUCUGGUUCAGUUGGUUCCAGUGAUACUCCAGACAGUCAUUCACCUGCCAUAACAAAGAAUACAGCAUCUGGACGCAUGUUUAUCGAUCUGAAUGUAGCCCAGGAGGAUGAUUUUAAUUUUUGUCCUGAUCCCUCCAAAUUGGUGUGUUCUACUUCAACUGGUUCUGCUACAAGACAGUCUGGAGGUUUUUGCAACAAUUCGAGCAAAACAUUCCUCAAAGGAAGUGAAUGUAGUAUCGGAUCAUCGAAAGGAUCCUCUGGAACAGUCGCCACGACUAUCACUGUUCCAGAUAGUUCAAGGGAAGUGUUGGCUGCAGGUGUAUUUCGUGAUUUCCAGAGCCACAAGCCUUUCUUUAUGGAAACAUCAACUCCACUUCCCAGAAAAAAUACCCGUCAUCUGAUGAUUUCCAGAUUGGAGUCUCAGGGUUGUAUGGAAAUGGAAGUACCACGGAAAGAAUUUUCAGUUCGUUCCAGCGGUGAAAAUAAUUCUUAUUCAGGUUUAACUAAACUGGGAGGCGGCCAAGUCACAAAUUUAAUGGGACAAGUACAAGCAGCUGUUGUUGUACAUAGGGAUAACCAAGAGGAAACUAUAACAGUAAUAUCUGAUCACAAAGUGGAAGGCUUUGACCUAAAUGUAGCAGUUGAGAGCACUGAUUUUCCAGCAAAUUUUGAAAGCAGUUAUUUAAGGCAACAUGUAAAUAAUGAUGGCAGACAUUGUUUGGCUCAGAAUGAGGCUCAGCAAAAUAUUGCUCCCAUUGAAUGUCCAGUUGUUAGAAACCAGAACAUGGCUGUUAAGAGCACGGAUGGUGAGGAUGUACAGAGUCCAGUUUCUGGAAUUGCAAUUAACAGAUCUGUUGUGAUCCCGGAAACUCCUCAAGGUCGCGACUAUGCAUGUCCACGAUCGAGAUCGUCAUGUAAUGCAGCAUCAGUUGCGCCUGAAGCUGUCAGCUUUGAUGAAACGGAGAUGGGAGAGUUCGAAAAAAGUGCUGCUACAGCAGCUGAGACACUUGUUUCCAUGUUUGCGAGCAACUCUGCAUGGUUGACAGAUGGCCCUGGAAGCAAUGGUGAAACAUACGCUGAGGAUGCAACACAGGAACCUGCACCUUCAUUGAAUUCUUUUGAGGAAAGCAUACUGAGCCUAGAGGAGAUGAAAGAUGAUGGGGAAUCGGUCCCAGUGAGAGCACCCGACAACGAUGGGCUUUCGUGUGGGAUUAAGCUGAAGAGAGGGAGGGGGUUGAGAGAUUUCCAGAGGGAAAUAUUGCCUGGGCUUGUGUCCCUGGCGAGGCAUGAGAUAUGUGAUGACUUGCACUCCAUAGGAUACGAAAUCAGGAAAACUCGGUCACGGAGAAGCCCUGGUGAUGAGGGUAGUCCACCAACACGAAUACGACUGCCUAGGCGUUGUUCUACCGCAUGGAACCGAUGA